UCAAAGUCGUCGCUGAUAGCGUCGUGAUCGAUGGGCCGCUUUCUUUUCGUAUUCUCAUUGGUUUUAUUAGCAAACUUGACGAUCGGUGGAGGUGGCUUCAAGCAUUCUGGUAUAUAUUUCCAAAGACGGGAUGCCGCUUUGAGAAACGCGCUAACAAUCAGUGAGGUCACUUUGUUGAGUCCUGCAGGACCACGCGGAGGAUUCGUUUGUAAUUUGCCGCAGCAUCUAAUCUCUCGUUUUGGGUAUUACACAGCGACUAUGAAAGGUACUUAUGCUCUCGGCCAAAAUCGCUAAGAGAUCGGAUACUAAUUGGCAAAAUGUUACUGGAAUUCUAUAGAGCGCAGCGAAAGAAGGGAUGGUAUCACUGACGCGUCACCUCGGUUUUCACGCGAAAAUUUCACGUAUCCUGCUUGGCUGCAUCGCAUUUUCAUUGAUUGGUUGUUCGAUCAUUGAUGCGGCGGAAUUCACGGAGCAGCACAAAAAUGUUUUGGACAAACUCGCGACGAUUGUGGCCGAAAAAGAGGGCAGCCUGCAAAAAACGGUGCUCGGUUCCAGGGCAGCUUUUCCGGCUCAAAGAGAGGAGACGGAACUGGAAAGAGCGGAAAGGGUCAACAAGGGAUUCGAGAGAAUGAUUCAAAUGGUGAACAUCCUUGGCCAAGUCGACAACUUCAUUUCCGACAGAACAAAGAACGUCGUACGGAAAUUAAAUGCGAUGUACGACAUUGACGAUCAGGAAAAAUCCAGAGGUGCAUGAUUGCCGCGUGAUAAUCUUUCUUACUUUGUAAUUUGUAGCUUGAAAUAAAAAAAAGUUACCAGCUCACACUUCUACAAUUUCAUGGUUAUAGAAAAUUCACCAAAUUCUACUCGUAUUAAUCGCGUAUAAAUAACAUAGACAUUAAUCAGUGGAUACAAAUACGUCUAAUUUAGUCAGACGAUAAUUUAGUCGUGAUUUUUAAUCAUGCAGGUUAAAUAAAAAAAUCAUAUGCAUUGCGUAUAAUAAGGCUGGUUUUUAUCCGACUUUAAUGAUAAAAUAUGUAUUUCUAAAGCGAAUUAACUUCACGGAUCCGACAAUUAUUAUUAUUAUAAUAAUAUAUAUAUAUAUUUUUUUCAUAUCAGAAUUCUCUUCAUAUUAUUAUUCUCUAUAAUAUAUAUAUAAUAUAUAUACAUAUACUCUUCGUAUUACAUGCUAAUUAGAAAGAUAAAUUAAAUCCGAUAUCGUGCAUAAUUACGUGAUAUGUCUAUUCUAUUUUCUUUAAUUUUAAACCGACUGCACAGUUAGGACUCUGCAACAUACUUAUGCUGAAUAUUACAUAUAAUUAAAUAAUCUUAAACACUUUAUACGAAUACGUUAUGUAUCUAAUAACAGAAUGUACACCAGCCGCAACUUCCCUCAAUCAGUAGAAUGUUUCUCAAUUUUUCUGACGAUAUAAAGUCGCGCGUAAAUCCAUCAUUGCCACUUAAAUCGUUACAGCUAUUAUCCACAAACAGAUCACAUCAUCUACAACAAAAAUCACUGGUCGUUACGAUACUUUACGAUAGCAUAACGAUAUUUUACCAAUCACGACCGUUUGCAAUUUGAACCGAAUAAAUUUUUAUAGAAAAAUAUACCCAUUGAUAAAC